AUGGAUGCAUUGUCCUGGAGGUUGGAUCGCUUGGAAACUCGUGUCAGGUUGCUCUGGGAAAAUGUUGAUGAUCUGCGAUCGGCUCUGGGCCUAUUGGUUCCAACGAUCACCGGUGAUCCACAGGUGGCGGCGCAGGCACUAUCAGAUGCUCUCCCAGCAAGGUUGGCGCGGGCUGAACAGGCCCUCCAGUCGGUCUCUCUGUAUGAUCAUGGCCAGUCGCUGGCUGCCGGAUGGAACGCCUCGCCAGCCGUCUUUUCCUGCACCAGUGCCGGCUCCGAGCCCGGCUCUGGCUCCAUUGUUGCUACCGAGGUGCCACCGCGCGCCUUUGGCUUCGGAGCUCCUGCACCGUCACUGGCGCCAAGGUUUCGACCUCCGAGCCCUGUGGACGUGUCAGUGGUCUCUAAGGGCGGCUUUGCUCCGCUCCGCAGUGCAAGGGUGCUCCCAAACAUGAAGGAUUUUCCUCCUGCUCCGGCUCAUCCUUACAAGCCGGCUGCACCGGGCACUUUGUUGUCGGCUUGGCAGAAUGCCAAAAACGAGCAGCUUAAGGUCUGGCUGGCACUGGCAUCCACAGCUGCUGCUGCCUCUGAAAUGGUGUCAGAGCUCUUGCAGAGUCCGAAUUCUUCGGUACUUCUAGUGCGCCUGGUUCAGGGGAAUGCUCCGUCGACUCUCACCAACUACUUCGGACGCUGGAAACAUUGGGUCGAGUUUUGCCAGGUCCAAUCGGCAGAUGAAUGGGCACCCAAGGUUGCCUUCCUCUGCGAUUUCCUGAUCACGCACUGCAAAGGUCUUCUGGGAUCGGCUAUCGCGUGGCUCAAGGCCUUCAGGUUCGUCACUACGCGGCUGGAAGUCCAGUCAUUCAAGUUGGCACUACAGUCUGAGGCGGUCCGAGCCUUUGGCAAAUCCGUGAAUGUGGUUCAGCGCCGAGAGACAGCACCUUUCCCGCUUUCCUUCGUCAUUUGGUUGGAAAGGCAAGUGCUGGAUGCGGCCCAGUUCGCGGCACAUCGAAUUCGGUGUGGCUUCCUACUGGUGUGCGUGUUCGCCAGCCUUCGCUGGUCUGAUGCUCCGUGGUCUCCGCCUUCCUUUCUUCACUUGGAUCGGCAGGCGCUUCUUGGAUGUGCUACAAGGACGAAAACUACUUCUCGAUCCAUGCCGUGGGGAGCCUGGGCUCCCGGGUUUCUCGCUCGGCCUCAAACGGCACCCGGCUGGGGCCAGGUCUGGCUGUGUAUGGUCCAAGAGGCGGUGACCCGUACUUCGGCCGCUCGCCCUGGGUUUCAGCCCGACUUUCUGGUGGCCGACUUGGGUCCUGAUGACCGUGCUCCGGUUUUCUUGGCUCCUCUGAGCCGUGCUGCGGGGGUGGUCCUGAUCCGCCGACUGUUGGCGAUGUGCUAUGAGAGCUACCCGGCGGAUCAACGGCCGGACUUGUCACUCCUGGCGUGCAUAGUGCCAAAGUCACGUCCCCUGGCACUCCAGUCUUCUAUCGUCCAGGCAGUGGCGAAUGGAUUCCGACCGCUGAGGCCAGCCCUCCGUGGUGGCGCGCCGCCACUCCCUGACAUCACAGUUGCUGUGCCGGCUCUGGAGCCGGCCGCCUCGGACUCUCGAGCCCCUCCGGUGGUGCCCAGGCUCCACGACAGAGAGCCGUUGGUCCUUGAUCAAGAUUCGAGCUCUGAUUCCGAAGAUGAUGCUCCGGCGGCUCCUGAGGUCGAGUCCACAUCAGCGGCCCCGGCCGCAGCUUGGGAACUGGUCUCGUCCGGCGAUGCGGCGCCUUCACCGCAGGAUCUUGGUGAGCCGGAAGAGUUCGAAUUUUUAUUUAAUCCAAUGACGUCAAUUGUGCAUCUUGCCAAGCCUUGCCGGGCAGACCAUCCAGCUUGUCAGUUCCGCCCAGCUCCGGAUGCAGUUGGGGAUGCUCCUCUUCGCCCAGGUUGCUCCAUAAGAGGUAAUCUGGCAAUUGGAGCCUUAGUUCGGACAUCUGUGAUCCCGAAGGGUGCACGUUUGUGCUUGAAGCACGGGUGUGGGAAGGACCCCGCACUUGCAUCCUUGCUGGACUCCUAG